GAGAUUAGGUCGUAUUUCUGUGCUGAACAUUUAACGAUGUCGUUUUAAAGAAAUCAGUUCAGUUUACGAUUACUCGCUCAUCAUGAAGGAACAGUGGGGCAUUAGUGAAAAUAAUAUAGAUCCCACGAUUGUGGAAGAAGGAUUAUAUCAGAAGAAGCAAAAAUGCGUAAAGAAGACCAAUUGUUGCGUACGAUGCAUACCGUAUCUCAGACUGAUAUUCUUAUUAGAAGUAACAUUAUUCUUCGGAUGGGGUUGUUACAUGAUCUUACAGACUUAUCUUCCUCAAGUAAAUGAGACUACGAGUGGCACUUUUGAGGGGAGAUAUCAUCUACCAAUUGAAUAUGAAACUGAAAUACAGCAGUUACGUCCGAGUACAGAAAUACCUGCGACAUUUGAGGUCAUAGACAAGAUACAUAAUAUUUUAAAAGAUAUGAUUAAAACAGAAAAUUUAACGCAAGAAAAGGCAAUUGUAACCGAUGGAGUUAGUAUGGCGCUAACAAAUACGCAAAAUUCCAAUAACGUACAAAAUAACUAUACAGGGGGACUAAGUGUUAUCAAUAAAUUAUUGACACUAUACGAAAGUUUACUUCACGAAAAAUUUACGAUUAGCCCGGUGUCAGAAAAAUCUUCAAUUGAAUCCACUGACGAAAACGUUAGUACUUAUGAGAAAAAUCAAUCCCUCCGUCACGUACAAUUUCUAGAAAAACUACGCAAUAUAAGUAAAGCAGCUAACGAUUUAGAAAAAUCCGAAAAUAAAAGUGACUUUGGUGAGGACGUUGAUCGUUCGACGUUAAAAAGUCAAGAAAAUCAUUCGUUAGAUGCAUCGAAUAAAUUCAAAAGUUUAGAAUUUAAUGCCGCAUCAAUCUCAAAUCGUAAAAAUUUCCCUGAAGAUCCUAUGACCAGUGUAGAUUCGACAAAUACCUUGUCAGAACUAAGACAAAAAUUUGCCACACAAGAACAUGGAGAUCUUGUCAUAUGUCCACCUUCUGAGUCUCAUGAGUCCUCUGACACGUCAAUGAAUGAUUCGGAUAAAGGUCCUUUUACUUCUACUUCUACUUCUCAGGGUGUAUUAGCACAAGAAAUUUCAAAGCAAGUCGAAAAUAAGUCAAGCGACGAUGUUGAUGAGAGAAAUAAAGAUAAACACGACGUAAAUGAUAGUGAUACAUCGACGGCCACCGUGCGAGAUACAGAAAAGCAAUAUUCAUCGGAGAGUAUCGCAAAAAUAAUAGGAGAUGAGAAAUCAAUGGAGAUUACUGAGAAUCCUUACAAAUUGUGGUCGGUUCCGCAACCAACAGUGCAAGAUAGUGUAGAAUUUUUGACCCCAAAUGUUGAUAAAUUUGAAUGGUUUAGUGGGUCCCCUUCCUCUGUAGAUUUUGAAAGAUCAGAAUGGAAAGAUAUAUCAAAAUCAAGCACAGAACAAAAUUUGCCGUCUGAGAAUAUGAAUGAGAUUAUUCCAGAAAGUCAGUGCAAGAUAACAAUUGAAACAGGUAUUCUCGAAGUAAAUUGUCCCGCUAUUAAAUUCAAUGAGAAAUGGAAUUUUGCUUCUUCUGAAACAUCUCCAACCAAUGUAAACUUUCCUCCGAAAGUUCCAAAUUUUAGAGAUAUUCAUUAUAUUUUAAAUUCCAUGUGUGGCGAGGAUGCCAGUGAGCAAUUGGAGAAUGAAAACAUUUCUAAUGAAAAUUCUGAUAAGGGAGUUACAACGCCGCGGGACAGCGUACCUAAAAUAAUCAAUAGAAUUGAUUUACAAGAAAGUACUACAAGUGCGAAAAUUUCGAACGACGCAUUACCGGAUUUAUUUGAUGCGCCAUUUAUAGAUUCUUAUGAAAUGGACGAUGAAUAUGAAGAUUAUGAUUAUAGAUAUAAAAGAGACACCAGUGAAAAUUUGUCUGAAUUUUACCUAAACUACUUCGAAGAUAAAGAUGAAUCUGAACAAGUCAUGCCAAAUUCUUUCUCUAAAUUUAUGGUCCAAAUCAUUGAUUUAAAAAAGGCACAGCAUCCACUUCUUGAUAUGAUUAAACAACAACAAGAACAAUUAAAAAUCAAUGAAGAGCAAGAUUCAGUUUUUAAAAAUACUGAAUUUUUGAAAGCUUACGACGAUUUGAACAAGAAACUAAUUUCUCUACUUAAAGAUGAAAUGUUAAAUGUCACGACGCGAUAUCUACUAAAAUGGACUACCUCUGAUUUUAAUAAAUGGAAUAUUUGCAGUAUUCUUCCUUACAUACGUUUCACACACCAAACCCAUACAUGGCGUGAACAUUUUCUUGCUUUAAAGAAACUCUGGGAGGAUAACAAAAAGAUAGAUGUAGGAAUGUAUCCUAACUAUUCACACAGUAUGGAAGACAAUCAUCGAAAGAAACGAAUGAUUGAUGAUCUAAACAGACAACCGGAUCAGAUAUCAAAUACGUUAGAAGAAGAUGAUAAAGACAAGGACUUACUAAUAGAAAAGCUGAAAGAAAUUUUCAUGAAAAUGGAAAUUCUUGCCCUCUGCAUUGAUAGACUGAGAUAUUCUUCAUGAACGAUAUCUUGUUCAUAAUAAACUUGAUGACGAUUACGCUUCGAGUGAAUUUCCGAUUACAACUGAAGAACGCCGUGAAUUGUAUACAUCGAGAAAUGUAUACGAAAAGUAAAAGUGACAAAACGUAUGCUCCUAUAAUUUUUCUGUAUGAUAUUUUUCUCUCUUUCUUUAUCUAUUAAUUCGAUAUUUUGUAUAAAUAAUAAAUAAA